AUGUCAGCUCUUCACAACGUUACCGAAUUCCUCUCGAAAAACCCUAAAGCUUCACGAUUAACGUUGACAGCUAUUGCAGCCUCAGCCUUAACUGCCAGUGCUUUACUUGGAUACCAACGCCUGACCCGACCCCGAAUGGUGAGCUCGAGAAAGACGUCAGUUGAUCUUCCAACGUUAAUUUCCAUUAUUGAUGAAGAAGCAAAUGAACCUGUACCCGAGAAAAUGGAUGAAUCUCUUGUGCUUGAACUUUUGGCACGUAACAUUGCAUUUUUCGGUAUCGAUGGUGUCAACAAGAUUCGUCAAGCCCGUGUUGUGAUUUUAGGUGCUGGUGCUAUAGGGUCUUGGACAUGCCUCAUGCUGGUUCGAUCGGGUGUUGAGCAUGUACGUAUUGUUGAUUCUGGACGUAUUCGUUUAGAGACCUUAUCCAGACAUGCGGUGGCUAAAAUCAAUGAUAUUGGCAAAUCCAAGGCUACAGUCAUGAAGACUUACAUUGCGCAAGUAGCACCCAACGCCACAGUCGAGCCCAUCGAGACACGUAUCACUAUGGAAAAUAUGCAAACUUUGCUUGCAGGCAACCCAGAUUAUGUGGUGGAUACCUUGUCUAAUGUCAAGGACAAGAUUUUGUUAGCAAAGUAUUGUAAAGAAAAUAAUAUCAAGAUUGUCAGUGCCAUGAGUGCAGGUGCCAAAGCAGAUCCUACUUUGAUGCAGAUGACUGACAUCAGUGAGUCCUUUUCAGAGCCUUUGGCUCGCAUGUAUCGUAGACAAUUAAGAAAGUUUGGUAUUGAUCGUGGUAUUCCCAUUGUCUAUUCUACUGAAAAGUCAUUACAAGUAGGCGAACACGUGCCUGAUUUUAGAACGCGAGCAUUGCCGGUGCUCAGUCCUGUUGCAAGCAUGUAUGGAAUGGCUCUUGUUACUUACAUUGUUACACAAUUAGCGGAAUUCUCAGCAUACAAAUUGCCCACCAACAAGAUGCGUGACAGCGUCUAUGCUCGAUUACAAAAGGAUGUGGCAUCCAAAGAAGAGUUUGUUUAUGGUAACACGUAA